AUGCAUAUCGCAACUCUCCGAUGCAUACAGAGUUCAGACCGAACUUCUGAAGCAUCGAGACGUGAAAAGAGGGGAAACAGCUUUACCUCCCACCAAAAUCGUUGGCAGAGCAUCUUCACUUCUGCUCAAACCUCAUUUUCCCCAUCUCAUGCCAAGAACAGCACAAACCACCCACUGCCCACUCUCAUUUCACAAGACAAAGCUCUGGUCCCUGUCAAGCCCAGAUCAUUAAUUUCAGCCUUUUCAGGUGCCGUCGCUGACUCCGAACCCGUCACGGCAUUGGUGCAAAGUCUCCCUACUGGGCUUUACUCCCGAGCUUUAGAAAAGCUUCAGAAGGAAUCAAAUAACUGCGCACCGGCGCCGGCACCAAGAAAGAAGGCCUUCGAGACCUUUCAUCACCAAGGUUACGGAACGGACACGUACACGGCACCGCGCUGCAAGGUCACCAGCGCCGCCAUCUCGCUACCUUUGGAUCAUAUCGCAGUGCAGCGCAGCUCAGCAUAG